AUGGCGGACGACGCCUCGGACGCACGCCCACCGCCGGGUCCGAUCGCGGUCGCUGCGCUGCGCAUUGACACGCAGGCCGUCGAGGCAGAGUCGCUGGAAGCUCCGCUCGCGGUGUCCCCGACGUACGGCGUCGCGCGCAACCAAGUGGAUCCUGCGGUCCUGGCGGCGCUGCCCAAAGAGAUCCAAGACGAGGUCCUCGCGAGCUUCUCGGUGCCAGCCUCGUUGGAGCCCGCACCGGCGGACCUAAGUGACGCCGCGUGGACGUGCCCCAUGUGCACGUUCCUUAACCACGCGGCCUUGGUGUCGUGCGAGAUGUGCGAGUUCUCGGUCGCGCACCUCAUGGACGCCGACGACGAGCAGCCAUCGUCGCCGCAUCUGCUCUCGGAGACGCUGCUUCAUGCGGCCAAGUCGGUCGUGCAAAAGUCGCUCACAGCCAUCAAGACGACGCACGAGCACCGCGACGAGCUCUUGCAGUCGGCGACGGCCAAGAUGCACCACGUGCACUCGACCGCGUCCAAGCAACUCCAUCACGUGUACGAGGCGACCUCCAAGCAGCUCCAUGCGACGCUCUCGCCGCGCUCGGCCAAGUUUUUCACCAAGAAAGGGUCACUGCACCUGCCGUCGCCCAACGUCCUCCUCGAACUCGACGUCCUUCGCACCGAUCUCAAGACGCACUGCACGCCGUCCGAGACCGUGUACGAAGCUCUCUUGCAAGAGCUGUGGACAACCGUCUUCAGCCAAAGCGCGAUCCCAGGCAUGGACCACACCCCGUUCACACGCGACGGCGACGGCUGGCUCCAGCUUGGCUUCCAGCGCAGCAACCCCGACACGGACUUUCGCGGUGGCGGUCUCCUCGGCCUCAAGUGUCUCGUGUACGUGUGCCACAUGCACAUGGACAAGAUGGCCUACAUUUUUGCCGACCAGGUGCCAAAUGCCGGGCAGCGCUGGUACCCUGUUUGCGUCGCCGGCAUCAACCUCACGUGCAUGCUCGCGGGCUUGCUCAAGCUCGGGGACGGGUCAUUUGCCGAGACGUCGGACAACUGCUGGCGUCUCUUUGAGGAGCCGUCUGCGUUCUACGAGCUCUACUUCUAUGCCUUUCUCAAGAUGGAUCAAAUCUGGCACCGCAGCCAGGCGACGUUCAUGCAAUUUGGAGACGUCCUCAAGGCGACCAAGAAGCUCGUGCGCUAUGCGUUGGCGCAGGGCCCGACGUCGCUCGCGGAGGUCACGGCGUUUACCGAGAGUAUCCACGUCGACGACUUCAAGAUCACGCGCCGUGAAGAGUACUACGACGACGUUGACGACGGCGAGUGCCCCGACCCGCACCGGAUCACCGAAGACGACCGCAUGCCGGUCGCCACGACCCUUGACAUUGCGUCGCUGCAGUACGAGUUGCACAAGUAG